AUGCAAGGAGAUAUAAGGAGAAAGGAGUAUGAGAGAAAAGUCAGAGAGCGUGAAGGAGACACACUGACCCAGCAGAAUGGAGAUGCAGAUUCUAGGCUCUCUGGGGAUUUGGGUGGUCGAUUACGACGUCUCUGGCAGUUGUCCAUGAAAGAAUCAAAACAGAAUGAUAAAGUAUCUGUUCACACCACAUUGACAACAGAGCCACAUCCUCAUCCAGUCAAAGAGAUCAUCACACAGAAGCUGCUGUACUGCCGCGUGGGGAUUGGCUACCACCUUCAGAUCCUGUCCAAUGGGAGCGUGGGGGGUGUCCAUGAACCCACCGAGUACAGUUUACUGAGGCUGUUUGCCAUGAAACGUGGAGUAGUAGGCAUACGUGGUGUGAAGAGCGGCCUGUAUUUAUGUAUGAACGAAGAGGGAAUGUCACAUGGUGAGAGCAAGUUCUCGCCUGACUGUUUGUUGAAGGAGAACCUGGAGGAGAACCACUAUACGACCUACUCCUCGCUGUCUCACCCAGGCCUGUAUUUAGCCCUGUCUCACCGCGGCCAGCUCAGACGGGGAAACAACGUGGGCAGACACCAGGCCUGCACACACUUCCUGCCUCGCAAGGUCCCGAUCAACCUCAGCUGA